AUGCAAGAAGGAGGGGUGUAUUCGCCAGAAACGGCGAUGUCAAGAAAAUCGGUGUUUGGAUUACCAUUGCUUGGGCUAGCGGUGGCACUGAGGGGGUCGCUUGUGCUUCUAGUGGUGUCUGGAUUAUCGGCGAUGGGUGGAAUGUUGACUGCAUGUCGAUCGUCUGAGUUAGUUGCAACAUCGUUUGAAGGAUCGUUUGUUUCUCUCUUGCCAUUGGAUUCAACAGUGGUGGCAUCUGGGAAGCUACCAGUUGUGUCGUUGACAGUUGCCCAGUGGCGGUGUUUGAAAAAAUGUGGGUGGCGGCAUUGUCAUUUGGACUGGCAUCGGCUGUUGGAGUGGGACCAAUGUUGCGACAUGUGUGUUUGUCGUUGA